CAAAAAAGGCUUCCACGCGUUAGACAUUGAAAUGGAGGCCCCGUAGAACUGGAGGCGGGUCUUUCUCUCGUUUCGCCGUCUUCUCAUAGGUUCCAGUGGUCGGGUGUCACGAAAAAUCCCGGGUUGAGCCACAUUGUUUGAUGAAUGUGCAACGAGUUGUGCUAACAUCGAACCCUUAUUGAUUUUGUUUUAUAUAAUAAAUAGUGUCACGAGCAUCUUUAAUUUGAACUGAAAGUUUUGAAAGAUCUUGAGUGCGCAUUGCGCAACGGAAAGGUGCGUAGUCGUACAAAGGAAAACGGCAGCAGCAGGAAACCGACCACGACGAGUGUAUGACCAUGGACAAAACCGUAAUAACAGGACUGAAUUUGCUUUAGGAAUGUGUACUGGCAUAUUAGGGUCUUUGGUCAAGUCAGCUAUAUUGUUCCCAAUAAUAUGUAGUGGAUAAGUGCGAGUUAGUAGAAUUAGCCCUUAAAUCUCUUAACACCAGGAUGGCUCAAACAUGGAAUGCACUUCAGCAAGCACAGAUUCUAUCUAACCAGAGCCCGGAAAAUUCUAUUGGAACUAUGGACUCUAAUGGAAUGCCAGUGGAAUCUGACGAAAGCUUUGCUCAUGAAAUAGAAGAGUUAAUUGAGAAGGAGAACUUUUCAAGCAUGAUGGAUUUGCAAGACAUUGAUGAAUCAGACAUAAAAGACUUGGAGUCUGGUUCUUUGCAGCACACAUGCUAUGAAUCAUCUUGGCAAGAUGUAAUGAGUUCAAAUGACCUUGAACAAGAUAAGCCAGGGGAUAAAGGAGAAAAUAAUGGUAACAUGAUACCCUGUCCCUUGCCUAACUCAGUAGAGGUUGAAUCCAUACUGGAAGCACAUUCUGACAAAGCAAUAUUAGAACCUGCUUUUGAGUCAAAUGCUAGUCUCAUAGAAUAUUCAGAUAUUAGCAGCUGCUCUGACACAGAUGGAAAUUUUGAUUUCAAUUUGAGUUCAUCCAUUGAUGUUAACAUGGAUAGCAACCAGGCUGGUCAGUCUUCAGAGGAAGGAGACCUGAAUUCAAGUAUGCACUUAUCUUCUUCUGAGGUCUGCCAUAGUAUUUUUGAAGCAGGUAUGAGUGAAAUAAAUCAACAGCGGGACACUGGACCUCCAGUGACCACAGGUGAAAGUAAUGAAAGUGUAAACCAUGCUGGCGAUGACUGUAGUGAUGGGUCACUUCUUACAAAUGCUGAGGUUCCAUGUACAGAAGAACAAGGUUUGGACAAUAUGAAUGGUGCAGUGCCUUUGUCAAAAGAUGGGCAAAUUGAGGAAAGGGAAAUUACUGAUUUGGAAUAUUUUUUGGAUCACUGCAAAGAGCUUGGUACCUCUCAGGAUGGUUCCAACUGUGCCUCAAAUCAUGCAAAUAUUGAUAGUUCAUUGACUUCUAAUGGGGAUGAAAACAUUUGCCCAACCAUAGAUUCAAGUGUUUGCCAAUUGGAAAGGACCGCCCCAGAUACUGAAAACACAUUAUCAAAACAUGAAUUUGAAAAGACAUUUGUGAUUUCUGGUGAUGGAAAAGGUCCACUUGGUGAUUACCAGUUAGAUGUAAUGAACCCAAAUCCUGAAAAUACAUCCUCAAAGCCCAACUUUCAAGAAACAAUUCAGAUAUCUGGCAUUGGAAAAGAUUCUCUUGAUGGCUGUCAAUCGGAAAGCAAUCAACCAGGUCCUGAAAGCCCAUCCUCAGAACCUGACUUUCAAGAGACAAUUGGGGUAUCUGGAAAUGGAAAAAAAUCUCUUUAUGGUUGUCAAUUGAAGAGCAAGAAACAUGAA